CCGACGCGUUGUCGCGGUGAGUAUUCUAACCAAUGGAUCAAUCACAACCUUGCUUCGACUGCACUCUUCUGCAAACCUCGGGCGCAGAUCCGUGAACUGCAAACAAUGUGGCCUACCUAUAAAGAAAACGAAGAAAAACAAAAGAACGGUUUUCUCGUAGACGCGCAAGAGAUGAUUCUCGUAUUAGCGAGGAUUGCGAUUAUAAGCACGGUUAUCACCAUCCUGCUUAUCACAUACUUGAUUACACGCUUGACCUAUGCGAAUUUGUUUCCCAUCAUCCUACAAAAAGGUAUCGAGUUCCUCGGACCAAUUUUCGUCAAGUUCGGUCAAUGGAUUUCCACGCGAUGGGAUGUCUUUCCGCGGGAUAUUUGCGACACGCUUUCGCAACUACAACGAAAUGCGACACCGCAUUCAUGGUUGUAUACAGAGCAUCUACUCGAAGCGACAUAUGGCCCUUCCUGGCAGAAUUUAUUUGUGAAGUUUGACGGCAAGGAACCAAUUGGCUCAGGAUGCUGUGCGCAGGUGUAUAAAGCAUGGAUCGAUCAGAAUGCAACAUGGGAGUCUCAGAUAUCGCAUUUCGCGGAUACUAAAGUUCUCAAUGGAAGCGACAAAUUAGCAUCUGCUAGUCCGCGUACCAGAAAUUUGCAAACCAUAGCGGUAAAAAUAUUGCAUCCUGGAAUCGAAGGCCAACUCAAAAGGGACAUUGCAAUAAUGCGUGGUUUUUGCAAGUGCGUCACGUACUUCAUUCCAAAAUUGCAUUGGCUCAGUUUCACAGAUUGCAUCGAUGAAUUCGCACGCAUAAUGGAAAAUCAAGUUGAUAUGCGACUGGAAGCUUCUAAUCUCGUGAAAUUUUCGGCGAAUUUCUCGAAGAGAAAUGACAUCGUGUUUCCAUAUCCUUACACACAUUUGACUCGUCGCAGGAUACUCGUUGAGAGUUUCCAUGAAGGUGCACCGAUAUCAGAUUAUCUGGAAUACGAUGAUGCUAUUUUACAGCGGAGACUCGCCAAGAUAGGAAUUACGAUGGUCUUUCAAAUGGUUAAUAUAACUAACUCAAACGAUUUUCAAUCGGUAUAAUGAAUGUACCAAAAUAGAGCGGUUUGUAUCAAGCCUUUUAAUUAUUUAUUGUCAUCGUUGUUAACAUCUAUAUUUAAGGAUAACUUCAUCCAUUGUGACUUACACCCAGGCAAUAUUCUAGUCGAGAAAACAAUCGCGAAGGCGAGUCUGUUCAACACUUUUUGGCGAGUCAUUACCUCCGAUUAUGCAGAGCACGACUCACGCCUGAUUAUAUUGGACUGCGGCCUUGUGGUAUCUUUGAAUGAACGCUGCCGACAAAAUCUUCGAGAUGUUUUUUAUUCGGUGUUAACGAGAAACGGCGAAAUGGCGGCGCAGUAUAUCCUGGAGCAUAGUUCGCACAUGACCCCCGACUCAGAUGGCUUCAAAUGUUCAAUUAGAAAUAUUAUCAAGUCUCACUUUAACAAUCCAUUUAACGUAAACGUAAGUACCGUUAUGUCGGAAUUGUUUUCCGCGAUGAUUAAUCACCGAGUCAAGCAAGAUGGAUCCUUCAGCAGCGUAAUUCUUAGUAUGCUGGUGAUCGAGGGCCUCGGUCGGUGCCUGGAUCCUAAAAUUGAUAUUUUCACGGAGAUCCUGCCCUAUGUCUUUAGCAGCGUUAUGUACAACAAGUGA